CAGCUGUGAGGGCCGCUGCCACGUCUGCUGGGCGGGCGAGAGCGGCCGCACAGCGGGCCCAGCCCUGGCCGCUGCCGUGGGCUCGUAGGCGGGAGGCGCGGAAUGGCGGCCCGGCGGCGGUGAGACGGGAGCCCCUGGCUGUGGGGCGGUGAUGGCGGCGGCGCUGCGGGUCGCCCUGCUGGGCGCUGCGCUGGGCUGCGCGGCCGCGGCGCUGAUCCCCGCGGCUGACGUGAAGGUGGAGGUGCUGCAGAAGCCGUUCAUCUGCCACAGAAAGACCAAGUGGGGGGACAUGAUGCUGGUGCAUUACGAGGGCUAUUUGGAGAGGGAUGGCUCCAUGUUUCACUCCACUCACAAGCAUAACAAUGGUCAACCUAUGUGGUUUACACUUGGCAUAAGAGAAGCUAUCAAAGGCUGGGACAGAGGUUUGAAGGACAUGUGUGUGGGAGAGAAGCGGAAGCUAACUAUUCCACCAGCCCUUGCAUAUGGAAAAGAAGGAAAAGGAAAAAUUCCACCUGAGAGCACACUGAUUUUCAAUAUUGACCUUCUAGAAAUUAGGAAUGGACCAAGGUCUCAUGAGUCAUUCCAAGAGAUGGAUCUUAAUGAUGACUGGAAACUGUCCAAGCAAGAGGUGAAAAUUUACUUGAAGAAAGAAUUUGAAAAACAUGGAGCAGUGGUAAAUGACACCCAGCACGAUGCUUUGGUUGAAGACAUAUUUGAUAAAGAAGAUGAAGACAGUGAUGGGUUUAUAUCUGCGAGGGAAUUUACGUACAAGCACGAUGAGCUGUAGAAAAGCGUGGCAUAAUUUUUUUUUUUUUACACAAAUGGCAUUGACUUAGACUGUCUGGUUCUCUUGUCAUCUUAAUUCUGUGUUUUGGAGUUGACAGCUGCUGUUGGCAAAGAAACACUGUUUAUAUAAAAGAGAAUUUCUGUUCAUUAUGUACAAAUGUUUUAAACUAUUUUAAAGUAUGAAAAUGUACUUCCUUUUAUGCAGCAAAGACUUGUACAUCCGUGGUUUUGAAAUUUUGUAUUAAUUUAUUUUUCAGAAAUGAAACAAACUUUACAGUUACCAAACAUUGUAAAAAUCAAAAUCCAGUUCAGUGCCUUUCUGUGAUUUGUUUGUGCGUUAAGAUCACUUUCAAUGACUCCUUUAUGUAUAACUUCUAGUCUGUGGCUUAAUUACUUGACCUUCCUUCUUGUGUGUCACUGCUUGAAAAGCAGUGUGCUGACCUUGCUUUUUUUUCUGCAGAUUUUUUUUUAAAGAUGUACUAGAAGGCAUCAGCAUCUCUUUCUACAGCUGAGAAACUGAUACAAAGCUGAAUGAGAAGAAUUUUGCUUCUCUAAAGGGAGAGUGCUACCAACCAUGCCAAUAAUUGUCUGCUUUUUUCUUUAAAUUAUGUGAACAAAUAGGAGGUAAAUGUCAGACUUCUAAUGUCAACAACACUCUGGAAAAUGUCUGUAAUUUAGAAAAGAGCAAGUUAUGCUGCAGUGCAGAGGUGGUGUCCUUUACACAUACACCCUUAUUUGUUUUGAAACACAGAGCUAGCAUUCGUGAAGAAAUACCAUACCUUCAUCUUCUCAAGUUUUGAGGGAGAUCUUGAGCAAAAUGUUCCAAGUCUGAUGUUUUUCUUUUUUUGCAGAAGUGGAAGAGCACACUGCCAGGAGCCUCAGUGUGGCCUGAGGAACAAUUUGCAUUAGCUUGCCUGCUUUGCAGCUGACUGAGUUGUACAACUUGUUUUAUCACUGCCCCUUUGCAGUAGCACACAAGUGAUGUGAAUUUUAAAUAACUUUUUAGAAAAAACAGAGGCAUGAGACACAUGCUGUGUCUUUACAGAGGUGGAGACCAUCAAGAUUCUGACUAUUUUGUGUUUGAUUGGUUUCUGGAGAAGAAGAAAGAUUUUGCAGUUGUCCAUGGUUUCUUAAGUGCAAGGGCAAGGUACCUCAGGGAAGGAAUCAGCCUGUAUUCUGGUACCACUUAGAUAUGGGUCUCUGAACACAAAUUUGAAAAAUGUUGCUCAAGUCUAUGUAGGGACACAAAGCAAAUCCAGUCAUGUGAAACUGAGAUUGCUGCAUUGCACUUAUCUUUAAUUAUUGCCAAGGAAGGUUCUACAUUUAAGGUUCUCAAUGCUGUAGAUGAGCUAUGUGUUUUUCCCCGCCACCUACUGUUGCAAGUAAGUAUUAGAAGACUGCUUCAUUAAACAGAGUUCAGCUUCAUAUGGACAUUGCAGAUUGCUGUCAAUAGUGACUGUUCUGGGGAAAAAUGUAGAAGUGAAGAUAUGCAGUGGUGGGGUUGUUUGGUUUGGUUUUGCCUUUGUUUUUUUCUUCCAGCAUCUGGCAUUUUGUGGCUGAUGGCCUAUGUGAUAUGGAAUUGUGGCCACGUAUUUUUGUUUUCAGUAACCUUGAGAUCUUUUUCACAUAUGAUGCCAUCUAGUUUUCUUGAACCAUUUAUACUUUUGCUUCCAUAAUGUUCUAUAGCAGUGAGCUUCACAGUAGAAUAGUCUAGAAAAAUACUUCUCUUUUUUUUUUUUUUAGGCUUGUUACCUGUCCUAAUUCUUGUAUUGUGAGGAAAUAAUGAAUAAUCGUUACCUAUUUAGCUCUU